AUGGACGGAUGGAGGGAGACAGGCUGUGACCUGUCGCCCAAUCGGCCUUGCCGAACCGUGUUUGAUCCCUACAGAGAUUUAGUGUGGGUGGCAGAUAUCACAGGACGGGUCUUUUCGUACCUGGUACCGUACAUGAAGCCGUACACGUCGUUUGUGGCCCACAGCACUCCCGUGCUCGAUCUCCAGGUCACGGACAAAUACGUGUACUCUCUUUCUUCGGGGGGCGUAAGCUGCCACAAACGCACGGGCCAGUUGAAGGCCUUUGAUCCGGCAGCGGUCGGUAUGCGCAUGCUUGUGAAUGACAAUGAGAUACUGCUGGCAACUGGCCGUCGCGUCAACCGCCGGACUUUCGACCCUCCCAGGGAAACCGGUACGUUCACGAUAGAUAUCCCGGCAGAUGUCACUAUUUUGUUUAUGGAGCGCUGCUCGCUCAAUGUAGCUCUGGGUCUCAGCGACGGUCGGGUCGUCGUGUGUGAUCAGAGCACCUUUGAUAUUAUCUACGAGGUGCGCUGCCAUUCCGGCCCCAUAACGGACAUGGAUGUGUGCAAGUCGGUCAUUAUGACGUGCGGCAUGAGUGCCCGUCGUUAUGGCAUGGUACCCGACCAGAUAGUUUACGUUUACGAUGCACGUUUACGCAAGACUCUGCCCAUGUUGACUCUAUCGAGCCCGGGGCUGUUUGUGCGCAUGCAUCCCAAGUCCCCAACAAACUGUGUGGUGGUAGGCCCUGGCCAGAUCCAGUUUAUGGACGUGAGAAAUCCAACAAACUUCUCUAUCCAUCCGGUGGCUUCCCAGAGUACAUUCAUUGGACUGGACCUGUCAUCCCAGGGCGACUCGCUGAUUUUACUCGAACAGAAUGGUACUAUUCAUUUCUGGACCCGCAACCAUGCACCCCCCGCAAGGUUGCGACAGGUUACAGACACUACCCCGUUGUCGGCGGUGGGGAUGCCUCCUUACCAUCAGGAAUUAUUGAGCUCGUGGUCGGAUCCGCUUAUCUUUGAAGUAGGAAUGGCGCCUCCGCAAGACUUUGAGCUGCAAAAGCGAAACACUGCUUCAAACUACGUGUCCAUGCUCAAAUCGAUCAGACGUUCGUCAAUUGCUGUGCCGCGCUUUCUGUCCGAACAGUCACCCAACAGCUACCUGUCAAACGAGGUCAAGGGACUUUCAAUUCAAGAAGUCGCUGGACGAAUGCCAGUAGCUUAUAGACAGCUCCAGAUUCACUUCAGCAAGUUUGGCGUCCAUGACUUUGAUUUCAGUUUCUAUAACAAGACCGGCCAUGCUGGUCUCGAGACACAAGUUUGGGGAAACACAUUUUGCAAUUCGCUCAUGCAAGUUAUGCGGUGGUGUGCACCUUUGCACAACCACACACUGCAGUUGUUUGCGAAGCAUAACUAUGAAAGUAUACCAAUCGUAUGUGAACUGGCGAUGAUGUUUGAUAUGUUGCACAAAGCUGAGGGUCGGCCGUGUCGAGCUUCGAACUUUAUGGCUACCUUGGCAGCGCACCCAUCGCCCAAGGCCCAAGCUCUUCUUGCGUCUGGACUUGGGCUGCGAGAGCAGAUUACCGGGCUGUUUGAUUUUUUGAUGGAGCAGUAUAUUGUUGAGGAGGAGUCGGUUUCUUCAGAGCCUUCGCUUCACACUGUCGUUGGACUCGAUGUAACAUGUCGAAUGUAUGGCUCUUGUGGCCAUCGGGCUGAUACGGUUGAACGACAGAUGGUUCUUGAGGCGGCGUAUGCUGAUUUGAAGGGCCUGAAUGCUGCCUUGAGUCGCACAACGGACAUGUCUCAAUGGUGUCCAAAGUGUAAUAAACAGCAUGCUAUGGCCGUCGUGAGGCAAGUGACUAGCGCGAGCGACGUCAUUUUUGUGAGCGUGCAGGAAGCAGCUGCCCAGCCCAUGAGAUCACCGGCUGAACAGUUUUCUUUGGGUACGCGCGCCGAUCGCAGGUCGUUCAAGGUCGAGGACUCUAAUGAGCCGCAAUACAAACUUGCAGGAUAUAUUGCUGAAAUGAUAGAUCGGAGAGAUCGACACGCAGUGGCUUUUGUGAAGACCACCGAUAACAGCUGGUUUUUGUUUAAUGAUUUCUUGGUGCGACCAGUGGAAGAGCGGAUUGCCAAAGAUUUCAGCCCAAGCUAUAAAAAGCCUUUGAUGUUGGUGUAUACACGCACAGAUCUGCCAAAGGCACCCAUUGGUGAAUUCGAUUAUGAGGGAUGGAAGCAAAAUAUGGAUCUCCGGCGGCUGCUGGAGCAACCUACCCGCCCCAAUAUGCUGCAGCUGACCCCGGAGGAAAUUAGACCGGGCGCCACGGUGGCCCUGGACGCCGAGUUUGUUUUGUUGAGCAAAGAGAUUGCCGAGCUCCAUUCGGACGGAACCAAAUCACUAAUUCGGCCGCAAAUAUUGUCGCUUGCUAGAGUGUCGGUGGUGGAUGGGAACAGCGUCCCACCAAAACCUUUCAUUGACGACAUAGUAGCAACCACUGGACCAGUGCUGGACUACCUGACGAAAUUCUCGGGCAUUGAGCCUGGAGAUCUUGAUCCAAACACGUCGCCGUAUCCGCUCGUCACUCGGCAAACCGCGAUCGUGCGAUUAUGGCUGCUGGUCAAUCUAGGGUUCCGGUUCGUGGGUCACGCGCUGGUUAAUGAUUUCCGCACAAUUAAUAUUCAAGUCCCGAGAAACCAGGUCAUUGAUACGGUAGAGCUGUUCCAAGACAAGGGCCUGAUUGGGCCUCGGAAAUUGAGUCUCAAGUUCUUGAUGUGGGUUUUAUUCGAUGACCAGAUCCAGUCCGGUAACCACGAUUCAAUUGAAGAUGCGCAAGCUGCGCUCAAACUGUACAAAUUCUACGAAUCAAUUAAGGACGAGCCGGGCAAGCUCCAAGAGGUGCUGCAAAACGUAUAUGAUAGGGGCCAAAUCACAGGAUUCAGGGUGCCUGAAACUGUGCAGUGA